GUGGCAGCGGCCGUUGCGUUUGCGUACCGUGUCAAAGUCUUAUCACUCUUAUCCACUCCGAUUUAAAAAGUUACUAAACAUCAUGCCUCUAUAUGGUCAAGUCAUCAUUGGACCGCCUGGUUGUGGAAAAACUACGUAUUGUGAUGAAAUGAGCAAGUACUUACAAGAAUUGGGCAGACAAGUAGCUAUAAUCAAUAUAGAUCCAGCUAAUGAUUCAUUGUGUUACAAAGCAGCAAUUGAUAUAUCAGAACUUAUUACUGUUGAAGAUGUUAUGGAUUAUGUAAACUUAGGACCCAAUGGAGCUUUGAUUUAUUGUAUAGAAUACUUGGAAAAGAGGCUUGAUUGGUUAUUAGAAAAAUUAAGGAAACUGACUGGUUAUUAUUUAUUUUUUGAUUGUCCUGGACAGGUAGAAAUAUACACUCAUCAUAACUCAAUGAAAAAUAUUAUGUCUGCAAUAAAAAACGAAUUAGAUUUGCGAUUAUGUUGUGUUCAACUUAUUGAUUGUCAUUAUUGUAGUGAUCCAGGUAAAUACAUAUCUGCGCUUUUGAUGUGUACAUCUACCAUGUAUCAAAUGGAAUUACCUCAUGUGAAUAUAUUAUCAAAAAUAGAUAUUGCAGUUAAACACAAAUCCAAGCUAUUAUUUAAUUUAGAUUUUUAUACGGAUGUAUUGAGUCUUGAUCAUCUCUUGGAUGCAUUGCAAAAUGAUCCUCAUACCUCUAGAUAUCAUCGCUUAAAUAAAGCUAUAGUUAGCCUGAUUGAAGGGCAAAAUAUUGUUUCAUUUCUACCACUUAAUGUAAAGGAUAAACGUACAUUAGAAUUGGUGAGAAAGAACAUCGAUAGAGCUAAUGGGUAUAUUUUUAAUCCUAAAAUGUUAAACUCAGUUAUGCAACUGGACAUCAACGAUUUAACUCUUGACGUUUUAGAAGAUAUACCUAAAUCCAAUUCAUCAGAUAAAAUGAUGCAAAAUUGAAUUUUUUUUUUUUAUUUAUCUUGUAUAAUACUAUAUAGCUUCAAACAAACAUAUAAUAAAUAAACUUAAUUAUGUUAAGUUUUAUUUUAAGAAGAAACAAAUACAAUUAUUAUUUGUAUAUAAAUAAAAUAAAAUUAUAAUAAUUUAAAAUCGUGAA